AAUAGAAUGAACUUGUCGCGUUACCUGCUUAAAGGCGCCGCCGGUAGUGUGAACAGACCAACCUGCUCAUGGGACAGGUAAAUGCUUCUUCUGCAAAGUUUUAAAAAAGGGGAAAUACGCGAAAGAGCAGGAGACAUAACUAGGUGAUUAAUGAGGAGAAGAGUCUUUGAACGUAAAGCGGGCAUUCAGGGAACGGAUUAAAUCCCAUAGCGAGGAAUCAGAGCGCGUGUUGUUGUCCAAGAUGCGGAAACAACAGCAACAACAAUCUGGAUUUUGAUCCAUUGGGAUAUUUACACGCUCUCGCAGCAGCAUGCCUUGGAUCAGGAGAAGGGUGGAAAUGCCCCAAUUUGGAGUGACACUCAAACACCCCGAAGUUUUCCGAUUGUUGGGACUAUUUCUGUGCUAUGCAUCGGCUGGUUUUUACACCAUUCCGCGGAACUAACGGGUUUGGUUUGGACCUGAGUCACUAUGUCAAAAGUCAUUCAGAAGAAGAACCACUGGAUCACCAAAGUGAACGACUGCUUGGUUAUCCGGGGCGCGUGCGCGGAGCUGAAUGUGGAUCUGUGCGGUGGAGCUGAGAAUGGAGAGUUUCCUUAUAUCGGGCAAGUUAGGGAGGAUGCUGUGGUGUACCAGGACGGUAAACUCUGUGAGGGGGAGCUGCUCCUGGAGGUGGAGGGGCUGCCUGUGUCUGGAUUACCCCUCUAUGACAUUUUAAAUGUUAUUAAGUUCUGCAAAGAUCCCGUCAGGUUGAAAACUGUGCGUCAAGGUCACAAGCUCAACAAGGACCUGAAGCGCUAUCUGAGCCUGAGGUUUCAGAAGUCUUCCCCCGACCACGAGUUGCAGAAGACCAUCCGAGCCAAUCUGUAUCGCCAUGCUGUGCCUUGUACCACCCGCCCCCCUCGAGACGGAGAGGUCCCAGGGGUGGAUUACAACUUCCUGUCUGUGGAGGACUUCCUAGAACUUGAGGAUAGUGGCACACUACUGGAAAUAGGAACAUAUGACGGUAACUAUUAUGGGACCCCCAAGCCGCCAAGGCAGCCCAUCAGUGGGACAGUGAUUCUCAGUGAUGCAGGCUCCCAGCAGUCCACCCCAAAGCGCACCAAGUCCUACAAUGACAUGCAAAACGCCCGAGUAGUGCCUGCUGACGACGACGAUGACGACCAGGCCACGGAAAUGAACAACAGUUUUACAGGUAACCCUAACGACCAGGACGAGAGCCGUGGCGGCAUCCUCCGGCCGUACCCCGCACGUGACAAUGCUCCUUCCUGUGGUCUGAACAAUGCGGCCACCUCCACCGCAGAAAGUGGGCAGCAGACCCUCGCAGAACCGCAGGUCUCUCCGGAAGACCCACAGGGACCUCUGCCUGAAAACUGGGAGAUGGCCUACACUGAGAGCGGAGAACUUUACUUCAUAGACCACAACACAAAGACCACGUCAUGGAUGGAUCCCCGGUGUAGAGACAAAGCCUCCAGGCCUCUGGAAGAGUGUGAUGACGAUGAAGGAAUACAUACAGAGGAGCUGGAGACUGAUCUAGAGCUGCCUCCAGGAUGGGAAAGGAUAGAAGACCCAGUGUACGGGGUGUACUAUGUAGACCAUAUAAACAGGAAGACCCAGUAUGAGAACCCAGUGUUGGAGGCGCGGCGUCGGAAAAUCCUGGAGCAGCAGCAGCCGCAGCCUCCAGAAGAGUGGAUAGAGGAGCACUCGUCAGCAGUGGUUCCGUUAGCAAACUACGCUCCAAACCACCUGGAGACCUACAGGGACCCGCAUGUCCCACCAACUCUACCUCCAAUGCCUGCAGGAGCCAAACGAGGGAAACCUUUCUUUACAAGAAACCCAGCAGAGCUGAAAGGAAUCUUCAUCAACACAAAGCUGAAGAAGAGUCGUCGCGGCUUCGGCUUCACUGUGGUCGGGGGUGAUGAGCCGGAUGAGUUUCUACAGAUCAAAAGUCUGGUGCUGGACGGGCCUGCAGCCGUGGAUGGCAAAAUGGAGACAGGUGAUGUGAUAGUCAGUGUGAAUGACACCAUUGUGCUGGGCUACACGCACGCUCAAGUGGUGAAGAUCUUCCAAUCCAUCCCCAUCGGUUCCAUGGUGGACCUGGCCUUAUGCCGUGGCUACCCGCUGCCCUUUGACCCUGAUGACCCCAAUACCAGCCUGGUCACCUCAGUGGCGAUCGUGGACAAGGAGCCUAUCAUCGUCAACGGACAGGAGGCGUUUGACUCGCCUUCCAACCAGGGCGGACCCAUUAACGGCAUGAGGGAGCUGCGGUCGCACAGCCCCUCGGCUGACUUGGCGUCUAACUGCUCGCACGGCUACUCCAGCGAUGUGGUCAACCUGGCCUCGUCCAUAGCCACCCAGCCUGAGCUGAUCACCAUCCACAUGGAGAAGGGCGACAAGGGAUUCGGCUUCACGAUUGCAGACAGCCUGACGGGAGGAGGGCAACGGGUAAAGCAGAUAGUGGACUACCCGCGUUGCCGUGGCCUCAAGGAGGGAGAUAUUCUGAUGGAGGUCAACAAGAGAAAUGUCCAGAAUAUGAGCCACAAUCAGGUGGUGGACCUGCUGAGCAAAUGUCCCCGAGGCAGUGAGGUCACCAUGCUGGUGCAAAGAGGAGUGGUGCCAGCCAAGAGGAGUCCAAAGCUGGUGCACCAGUUAGAAAGAAAAGACAGCCAGAGCAGCUCCCAGCACAGUGUGUGCAGCCAUCGCAGCACCCACACCGAUUCUCCCAGCCACCCACCCUCUGCCAUGCCCAGUGAGGCUGUGGCUCCCACUCCUGCAGCCCCCACCCAGCCUCUGCCAGGCCUGCCCCCUCAAGACCCUGCAGAUGGCACCCUCACCCUCCAGAAGAAGCCAGACCCCUUUAAGAUUUGGGCGCAGUCCAGGAGCAUGUACGAGAGCCGACUGCCAGAUUGCCAGGAGCAAGACAUCUUCCUUUGGCGGAAGGACACGGGGUUUGGCUUCCGUAUCCUGGGAGGGAAUGAGCCUGGGGAGCCUAUCUACAUAGGGCACAUAGUGAAGUACGGGGCAGCAGAUGAGGAUGGGCGCCUGCGGUCGGGUGAUGAGCUCAUCUGUGUGGACGGCACGGCGGUGGUGGGCAAGUCUCACCAGCUUGUGGUGCAGCUGAUGCAGCAAGCCGCCAAACAGGGCCAUGUCAACCUCACUGUUAGACGCAAGUCACCCGGAUAUGGAGUGUCAAAAGGGGAAGGUGAUGUUCCCCCGUCGCCGGCCUCCUCCCACCACAGCAGCACCCAGGCACCCAGCCUGACGGAGGGCAAGCGGACCCCGCAGGGGAGCCAGAACUCUCUCAACACAGUCAGCUCUGGUAGCGGAUCUACCAGCGGCAUAGGCAGCGGCGGCGGAGGUGGCAGCGGGAGUGCGGUGGUGCCUGCCUCCCUGCAGCCGUACGAUGUGGAGAUCCAGCGUGGAGAGAAUGAGGGCUUUGGUUUCGUCAUUGUGUCAUCUGUUUCCAGGCCUGACGCCGGCACCACCUUUGCUGGAAAUGCUUGUGUGGCCAUGCCCCACAAAAUAGGACGCAUAAUCGAGGGCAGCCCGGCGGACCGCUGCGGGAAGCUGAAAGUCGGGGACCGAAUAUUGGCUGUUAACUGCUGCUCCAUCACCAACAAGUCACACUCUGACAUCGUCAACCUGAUCAAGGAAGCCGGAAACACAGUCUCGCUCAGGAUCAUCCCAGGUGAUGAAUCUUCCAAUGCUUCUCUGCUGACUAACGCUGAGAAGAUAGCUACCAUCACCACCACACACACACCUCAACAGAUCACAGAGUCCAGGAAUAAUUCAAAGUCGAAAGGAGCUCCUCCUCCCCCACCCAUACAAACCCAGACAACACAGGAUGCUGAGUUCUACUCUGUGGACCUCGAGCGGGACAGUAAAGGUUUUGGCUUCAGCCUGAGAGGAGGACGGGAGUACAGCAUGGACUUGUAUGUGUUGAGACUAGCGGAGGAUGGGGCUGCUGUCAGAAAUGGCAAGAUGAGGGUGGGAGAUGAGAUCCUGGAGAUUAAUGGUGAGAGCACAAAGAACAUGAAGCAUUCACGUGCCAUUGAACUGAUCAAGAACGGUGGUCGGAGGGCACGGCUCGUCCUCAAACGGGGAGAUGGAUCUGUACCUGAAUAUGACGGCAGCAGUGACGGGCACCCUCCCUCACCCGGGGCACAAAACACUCCGGAAGUGAGAACGCUGCCACCUAACAGCCGAUAUCACACCUCAUUGGAGUCCAGUUAUCCACCAGACCUUCACAAACCAUCACGCCAGGAGGAGGCUGCGCGUGGCCGAGACAGGGACAGGGCUGGGUCAGAUCAGACGGACUACCAAGGCCGGCAAUUUAACCCCCACCAUCAUCACACCUGGAAUAACAAUCACAGUCAAAGCACCCCUAGACAGCAGUCUCCAGAAGGCAGUAACAGCAGUAGCAGUGACAACAAGAAGAGCCGAGGCCGCAAAGUCAAAAAGUCCGAGUCGGAGAGCGGCAUCUCUAAACUCCUGAAGACUCUGAGGAAAGACAGCUCGGGGAAGAAGGCCGCAGCUGCCGAGAAACUGAGGGGUCGAGAGCUCUCCAACAGCAGUUCCACUUUGGAUGGGAGGAUUCGUCAGCAGCGCCGCGGCUCCCUUGACCGCUCACCAACACAAAAGCGUGCCUCAUCUCCUGAUCGUCGGCGGGCCAAGUCAAUGGACCGCAGGGCAGAGCGAGCGCGUCGGGACCAUACACCUGAGAGGGAGUACGAUGAUGGCGGGUUCCUCGCAGUCACCCCUGAACGCAAGUUCUACGAGCGGAGGCUCCUCAAGGACUCGCAGAUGCCAAGGCAAGUCAGGGAGGCCACAACCCCCGAGCGCACCAACAACAACGGGGACUCCUCGUCUCUUUCCAGGGGCCGUACAUGUGAUAGAUCCACAAAGAACGGCAACCUCCUGAGAGACUCUUCUUCAGAGAGGAGGCAGGAGAGUUAUCUGAUGAACGGAACACCGGAGCGACGAUACCGAGUGGAGCGUGACUCUUCCCCUGACAGCAACUACAGCCGGGAUGAGUUGAACUAUGCAGCAGCACCCAGACUGAAGGAUUACUACGGCAUGAUGAAGAACAAUGCUGCACACAACAAUGCUGCCUACAAUAACACAGGCCAUAACAAUAACGCAGUAGGCCACAGCCCAAACCAGCUCCCUGAGCCCAAGAGAAGGCUGUACAAAGAAACCCCCAAAGACCUCAGCAUCUAGAGCAGAGAUCCCCCUCGCCACUCUCUCCUCUAUCUGUGCAAACUAUGUACCAUACACUGGAAUUGGACUUCUGAGGAUACGAACUCUUGUGCUUCAUUUGGUCGACUAGUUUAUUUGAAUGAUUUGAUUAACUUAACUACUUGUGAUCCUAUCCAGAGAUUCAUAAAACAGCAGGAGUACAAUCCUUCCAUCAGUUCAUACUGGUUGUUUUGUCAUUGUUAUAGUUAUUUUGAACAUAACAGAGGUUGUUGUACUAUAGUAAAGGUAUUGUAUGUGCCUGCAUAUGAAAUCAGUGAUAUUGCUUUUUGUAGGCAUUGCUGAAUUUAAAUAUUUGUUCCCUCAGAGGUAUGAAACAUUCUUCCAGGUGUGGUAUCUUCUAACUACUAAGCUUGUUUUCAACUUGUUUUUAGAUGUCUGUUCCAUUCCUGAAUUGCUUUACUGAACAAACUAUAGCACAAGACACUGAUGGUUCACAAGAGCUGUGAAAGUCACAUUGGACUUCAGGCAAACAUCUACAUUUAAGAUCUGAUGGUAAAAGUAGAGUGAUAAUUAUAUAAAUAAUAUAUGACUUUUUUGCAUUUGCUCACUAUUUAUUUUUAAUUUGGCACAUAUCUUGAGCAAGCUUAAUUCCUUGAGGACCAAGGUAGAAGUGCACACUGUACCUGGGAAAGCAUGCUGUACGCUUACUUGUGUUGCAUCCUUGAAAUGUGUGGCAGCUCACCCUCUUUUGCCUAAAUACACCUACACACUUCCGAAAUUAAGAAAAGAGAUCAGACAACGUAGACAACAGUGUUAUUAGUUUAACUCUUGGAGUAGGAUUUAAAAAAAUAACUUGAAUACUCACUUUGUUCCUCAGUGUGUACUGAUGUAGCAGGGAAGGAACCUGACUCACCUUUAACUAGAGGCAAAACUGUUCUGGUAGGAUUCUGUUGCGGAAAAAUUUAUUAAGCUAAAUUUGUUACUCAAAAAAUGUUUUAAACUGUACUUUGGAUGAUUCUGCAUUAUGCCACAAUACCAGCUUAAAGCUGCCAUAAGAUAUGAUUUUUCAGAUAUGCCAAAAAAAAAUUCAAACAAAUUAAUGUGUAAAUUAUCCCUGUGCAAGAUGCAUGUGUAAAUUUAAGUGUAGUUUAACCACUUUAUCUGAUUUGUCUGAGCGAGAAUAAUCGAUAAGAAACAUGCACUGUAAUCCCACAGUAAUUGUUAGCCCUGUCCUCAUGUUGAUGAUAACCACAUUUGCGCACUGACCACCUCCUGGGUCCUGACACAAAGAGCUGAUGUGGUUUCUUGUGUUGGUAAUAUAUGGAGAGUCCCGGUACAGGAGACGACCAAUCUGCCAUGCUGAGCCAUGCUGUCACGCCACUGGAGUCUGACUGCUGCUUUAUAACGUGUUUGUGUGUAUUCUCCGUUUUAUGUUUCAUUAAAGAACUUAAAUAUAUUGGAUAAACCACAACAAAUGCAUUGUUUGAUCACUGUUGUCGCCAUGGUACUGUAUUAACAAAAAAGAAAAAGAAAAGAAACACAUUUAAGAAGUUAACAUGUUGGCCAUCACCUGUAAAGAAUUUUUCCAAUGUAACUAUUAGGAACCUGUCAAGGAAUAAAAUGUUGCCUUUUUCUUGUACAAAAGAGAAAUUUAUGAAAAACCUCAGCAGUGAGGGAUGUGAUAUUGUGUUUAUAUCUCUGAAAUGGACCUGAUGAUUUAUGGGAAAUAUGUUGAUUUACUCUGGAUCAGGUAUGUAAAGACAUUUUAAAAUGAAAGACUGUAUUCGGUCAAUCAGAAACUGUUUGAUGGUUUGAAUCUCUCUCGAUGGUUAGCCUGCCUUUGUAUUAUAAAGCACUUGUAUGCAGUCUGUGUUCUUCAAGCAUUAUUUCUUGCAAUGUGCUCCGGACAUAAUGCUGUCUCUGUGUUGAUAAAAGCAGUACAUGUAUAUGGGCCAAUCUUUUUUAUAAAACUAUGCAUAUAUAAAUA